AGUUGUAAUGUAGCAGAGUUUGAGCUGAAGUCUGCAGGAAGAUGGAUCUCCAGGAGCUAAAUUUGACUAACUUUAGCCGUGCAUCAUCCCAAUCACACACACAGUGACCCAUGGUACUGAUUAACAAUGUAUCUUACCUCUCAGUAAGACUAAAGAAGAAUGAAUCGAGCCAAUCUCCCUUUGAGGAGACCUGCGACUGGACCGAGUUCACUUGCUCCUAGAAGCCCAGCACCAACUUUUCACGAGCUUGCUCAAGAAAAUCUUCUAGCAAGUGACAUGCUAGAUGGUCCUAUGGGUGAUGCCGUUUUAAAGGAGAAUGUGUUUUCUGCCAAAAAUAGUCUGAAUGCUUUGCAGUGUUGUGUUGCUGGGGUAAAGCCUCUGACAGGAAGUUGGACAGGCGAAUGCACUAUUGCUGUUCGGCAGUUAAUUGCUGGAAAGAGUCUGACUUUCACCGUGUUGGAUAUGAUGAAUGAUGGAGCUCUGCUUGCGGUAGAUGUCCCUCUAAGCACUCUUGGUAAAUACAUGAGCAUUUUCCUGAUAGAGCAGGGCUAUGCCGUAAAGGAGGACAUUCCUGUCAAACCACAAAUUGAACAUGACAUCAAUUCAUUGAUGACAGCAUCCUUUGAGAACUUCAAGCGCUUGUCUGGAAGAAAGAAUGAGAACUCUGAAGCCAGACCUCCAGAGUCGUUGACUCAAGGAGUGGGUGACACAUUCACUGCUAUUGUCACCCACCUCCAGUCUCCCUCAGAGAUCCUCUGUCAGAAGCUUGAAAAUGCGAGUGUAAUCCAGCAGUUGCAGACAAACUUAAGGGAGCACUGCUCAAAAACUCCAGCCAGUGAGAACUUCAGACCUGCACCAGGAACUGUCUGCUGCUCACUAUUCUCUGAGGACAACCAGUGGUAUAGAGCUAAGGUUCUAGCAUAUUCCUCAGAAGAUCGUGUGUGUGUUGGCUACAUAGACUUUGAAAACUCUGAGGAAGUCGAGUUAUAUCGGCUACGACCAAUCAGUAAUGAGUUGCUGGCUUUGGCAACUCAAGCAAUCCCUUGUUCUUUAGCAGGUAUAAAGUCUCCAACAGGCACCUGGCCAGAGGAGGCCGUUUUGAUGGUGAAACGUCUGGUUUGCAACCGCUUCAUACGGGUUGAGAUUCUGGGUAAGAAGGAUGGUAGGGCUCUGGUGUCCAUGAUUGAUGAGUCUAGUGACCCUCAGACCAAUGCCGCUGAGGUGUUGGUUAACAUGGGUUAUGCUGCCAUUGAAAGUGUGGAGACCGAGAAGAAUGAACCUACUCAAGCCCCCUUCCCAGAAGUGCCUUCCCUCAGUCCACCUGUUGUUGAUAAAAUGGAGUGGACUUGUGCUGAACUUCCGUUUGAUGGCCAGAAGGUGGAACUGGUAAUCAGUAGUCUAAAGAGCAUUGAUGAAUUCUACUGUUAUAACUACAGCAAAGCAGAUGCACAUAUCCUGACAGAGCUGUCCUAUGAGCUCAUGAAGCAUUGUGAAUUGGAGAGCUCUUCCUUUACCCCAACUGUGGGAAAACCGUGUUGUGCUCUCUUCACAGGAGAUGCCCGCUGGUACAGGGCCAUGAUAUUAGAAGUGUGUGGAGAGGGUAAGGCCAGAGUUUAUUUUGUGGACUAUGGGAACUCUUGUGAGGUGGAGGCAGCACAUCUAAAGGCCAUCACCCCAAGCCUGCUCAAACUGCCUUUCCAAGCAAUUCGCUGCUGGCUUGAAGGAGUGGAACCAGUGGAGGGUCAGUGGAAUAAAGAGGCAAUUCAUAAGUUUCAGGCUCUUUGUGCCGGUCAGCCGUUGGGUGGCAGAGUGCUGUCCAUCUCUGAGAAGGGUUAUGGGGUGGAGUUGGAAAGCGCCGGACAAAGCAUUGCUGCCAUGCUCAUCUCUGAGCACCUGGCUAAACCUUAUGUACAGGUGAAACAGCCUCCUGUGCAGCCAGAUAAACCAACCAGUCAGAUUGAGGAUCUGCCCACCCUUAAACCCAUUGAUCAGAGUCCACCGGCUGAAGAGCCUUUAAAAGUGAACAACAAGGGAGCUGCCAAUGACACAGAAGUUUCAACCUCAAUCGGCUCUUUUCCUUUGAACUGGAAAACAUUGGAGCUGUCUUGCACUGAUACUUUCCAACCAAGGGUGGCAGCGGUGAUCAGCCCUAGUCUUUUUUACAUAAUGAAUCCUGGACAAGUGAAUGUAGAGGGUCUGAAGGCUGUUAUGACUGAUGUUGCGAAGUACUGCAGCAAACAGCCAAUCCCCAAUCAGUGCCACCCUUUACCAGGAGCAGCUUGUUGUGCACAGUUCUCAGAAGUCCACAGGAGGAAUGGUGCAGUUCAUUCAGUCGUCACUUCCAUCAGGACCAACACAAACUACUGAAAUCACAUUGAAAACAACACAAACUAUUUUUUUCAAGAGACAAGAAUAUACAUGUACACCUUAAAAUAAAUAAAGACUGUUUAUUAAUUUAUU